UAACGUCCUUAGAUCUCAUGUUCUUGAAGUCUCAUCUGGAGCCGACAUAGUUGAGAGCGUCAACACUUACGGCCAGAGAGGGAGAGGUGUCUCCGUGCUCAGUGGUAACGGAACGGUCGCUAACGUCGUUCUCCGUCAGCCGGUGACGAUUCAUGGGAAUAAUUGCGGAACUGGAGCCGGAGUUGGAGGGGUUGUGACUUUACAUGGAAAGUUUGACAUAAUUCCAUCACUGGUACGGUGCUUCCGCCGGGAUCAGGUGGGUUGUCAAUCAUUGUUGUCAAUCAUUUAAGAUCAUCAUUCAUUGAUGAGCAAGCACGUAGUACCUUCGUUAGGUUAGAAUCUCAAAACACUAUAUUGGUUUGUAUGUUUCAGCUAAGUUGAAACCAAACUCGAGGUUUACACUCUUGCAGACUGUUUUGGUACUAUCUUCUGUUCGAGGUUUACACUCUUGCAGGAAUGGUGAUCCCACCAAACUCGAGAGGUAUCACGAUCGGAGACCUUGGUUCUAUCGUGGUAUUAAUAAUUCUGGGCUUGAAUUUUAGGUUUAUGUGCUUUCCGGAGGCGUUUUAUGUUUACCGCAACAUGAUCGACACUAAUACUUUCAUCAACUUGAUUUCUCUGAUUGGGCUGCUUGAAUGUUUCCUGCACGAUUGGGAUUUCAAGUUACCGGGUGGAUCCAGUGUCAAGGAUGAAGAGGACAGUCUAAAGAGGACGGUAAAGGAGACUAUGGAGAAAGCUUUCUGGGAUAGUGUGAUGGAAUCAAUGAAACUAGAGGAGCCUGACUAUAGCUGCAUCUCUAACCUUAUGAGAGAAGUGAGGGACGAGCUUUGCCAGAUGGUGCCUGAUAGCUGGAAAGUGGAAAUAACUGAAACUAUUGAUCUUGACCUUCUCUCACAGUUGCUUAACUCUGGCACCUUGGAUAUUGAUUACCUUGGAAAGAUGCUUGAGUUUGCAUUAGCUACUCUUCGGAAACUCUCGGCUCCAGCCAAUGACCGUGAGAAUGAAAGCACCCACCAUAGUUUACUGGAGGAACUUCACUGGUUGUGUCAAGCUAAAGAUGAGUCUGGUAGCCUCCAUGCUGUUGCAAUUGUCAAGGGGAUCCGCUUCAUUCUUGAGAAGAUUCACGACCUUAAGCGAGAGAUAGGCAUUGGGCGCAUUUUAUAGGAGUUCUCCUGGUGAUGCUGAAGCGUGAGUUUGCUGUCAGUGUCUUUAAUCUUAACAUCCUCUUGGAGGGUUUAUGGAAGAAUCUGGAAUACGGCAAGAAUGUUACUUUGCUACCCAAUAGAGUGAGCGUUGCUAUGUAAAUGCAAGCUGAAGCUAAACGUAAAAAGAGUACCCAAACUCUUGAGUCUUAAGGGGAACACCAAGCCCAUAUCAACAUCACUGAUAGUAAGAAAAGUUCUGCAAUCUUCGUAUCAGAAGCUGCAAAGAAAUAGGUCAAAACAGUGUUCCUACAUUGGAUUCAAUACACUAGAGCACAUUGGUAGACUUCUACUCUUCAAUGUUCUCUUAAAUUUUUCAGAGGUUCAAAGAGUUCUCUGCUUCAAACAAUAUAUCCACUGAUGAUGAACCUUACAGUGGUCUUCCUAAUCCAGUAAACCCCCGCAGGAGAACUAUGUUCUUACUUGGAUGAUCUUGCGAAAUCAUUUGUUAUUCAUGCUUACAUAAGAGAGUGUUCUUUUGGACAGCCGAAGAUUGAUUCAUCUCAUCCCGACUGGUCUUUCUACUAAGAAAACUGAACAAACCCGUGAAUCUUUUAGAUUAAUUUUGUUAGCAACAACAGACGUACAUUUUAUCAAGAAGAUCAUUAAACAGUAAAUAUCAUCUAGCUAGCAUCAAUGGAGUAUGACACUGUUUUUCAAGAUUGCCAUUGGAGAAACAGAUCCACAAAAUUGUUUCGUCUCCUCACCACUUCAGUUUUCUCCUAAUGAAUUAGAAUUUUCUCUCGUAUAUUCAAACUUUUAUCGUUUUGUGGUUUUCUUUUUCGACAACAAUGUUUUGUGUUUGAUUAAUAAGAAGAAUUUCAUUUCAUCAAA